GAUUCCAUGGACACCAAGCACCAAGCUCACAACACAAGUCCUUAUAAGAAGAACGAUGUUGCCUUUCAACCAUGAUCAACCUCAACCAUGCCUUUACUUGAGCAGUAUCCAUCACAAACCAAGCUCUUUGGCCGUGAGAGACCUCUUCAUGAACUUUUUGGAGGAGGAAGAGUUGCUGACCUUGUGUUAUGGAGGAACAAACAAUUGUCUGGAGGGGUACUUGCAAUAGCUACUUUGAUAUGGUUCCUUUUUGAGGUUAUGGAAUACAAUUUUAUUACCCUCAUGUGCCAUAUCGCCAUUGCCGUCAUGCUUUUCAUCUUUAUUUGGGCCAAUGCUGCAGCUCUCCUUGAAAAGCCUCCGCCACAAUUACCAGACAUUAUAUUAUCAGAGCAAGGCUUCAAGAAGGUCUCACUUGUCUUCCAAGAAGAGCUCAACCUAUUCCUUUCCUUCCUCCAUGAAAUUGCUAUUGGAAAAAAUCUCAAGCUUUUCCUCUUGACCAUUGCUGGCCUUUGGAUAGUAUCAGUGAUGGGGAACUACUUCAACCCCCUUAGCUUUCUAUACUUUGGAUAUCUUUGCAUACAGACAUUGCCAGUAAUGUAUGAACAGUAUGAAAAUGAUGUGGAUAGUCUCGCAUACCAAGUGGUUCAUGAUGCAAAGAAGCUCUUCAUGAGAUUCAAUGAGAAUGUCCUCAAUAAGAUACCAAGAGGACCGGUCAAAGAAAAGAAGUUCAAUUAGCACUAGUGCAAUAACAAUUAUGUAUCACACAUGGAUGAUCACUAUGUACAAACAAUUAAGAAGAUAAACUAGUGGUGUUGUUAAUUGUGAAACAUGCA